AUGAUUGGCGCCACGUGCAGCAGCGACGCGAUGAAAUCUGACAACCCCUCGCUCGCCGUCACGAGCCUUUCCGGCGACUCGAGCGGCGGGUCCAAGGAGGUGAUGACGCUCGUGACAGUCCCCUCGACGUCUCUUAUCACUGCCGCUACAGCCAGCGGCGAUGCUACAACCGACGGCUAUUUUGCAAUCCGGGCCGGACAUGCUACAGCCGCUGGCGCAACCGCCGUCGGUGUUGCUGUUGAACCGGCACCCGCGUUCGAGGAACCGCCGCUCUCGCGUCAGCGGAGGGAGACGGAGGAGCUGCUGUUGGCGGUUAACUCGAGCGUGCUGCUGCGGAUUCUGUCUGACGUCAGCCUGUCUGCGGAGGACCUCGCGCGCCUCGAGCUCGUGUGCGGGUUCUUCCGCCGCCCCGCGCACUUAACUCCGCACCCGCGCCUCUCGCUGGCGGAAGUGGCGGCGCACGACCGCUGCCAGCAGCACUCCCUGCGCUUCCGCAUGCUGCCGCGCGCGCAGCAGCGCCUGUUGUGGGCGCGUUGCGGGCGUUCGUGGAAGCUUCUGCUGCGUUUCCUUAUUACCAGCGACGCCUGCAUCAGGCACGGCCAGCCCCAGGUGGCAGCGGGGUGUGCGCACAGCGUAGCGGUGGGGCGCGGUGGAGAUGUGUGGACGUUCGGGCAUGGGUCGGCAGGGCAGCUGGGGAGACCCCUGGCUGCUGCUGGCAGUACUGUUGGUGCUGGUGCUGCUGCUGGUGGUGCUGCUGCUGCUGCUGUUGCUGAUUAUGCCGGUUUUGCCGCCGCUGCUGCGGCUGCUGUUGGUGGGUUUGCUGGUCUUGCAAACGAUGUGACAACCACUCUGGCAGCCACUGCAACGGGGGCUGUGACUGUGACUCUAAGGAGUGGGGUUGAAAGGGGGCUGGUGGGGAGCGGUGAUGCAUCCGCGGAACCUUCCUGGAAGCCACAGAUUGUGAGGUCGUUGCUGGGAGUGCGAGUGGUGCAGGCAGCAGCAGGCCGGGCGAGGACAAUGCUAGUCACAGACACAGGCUCGGUGUAUCACUUCGGCAGGGACUGCUUCGGCGACCAGGAAUACUCCCUCACCUCCCCCGAGCCUGUUACCGAGCCUCGGCUCGUGCAUUCGCUUCGGCACAUUCAAGUCGUCCAGGUGGCGUUGGGGAAUUUCUUCACAGCAGUGCUUUCAGCUGAGGGCCGCGUCUUCACUCUCUCUUGGGGCGGCCGGGGGGAUGGCAGACGUACCACCAUCACUGCUGCUGCUGCUGCUGCUGCUGCCGCUGCCGCUGCUGCUGCUCCUGCUGCUGCGGCUGCUGCUUUUCCUGUUGCUGCUGUUUCCGCGAAUUCUGACGCUGAUGGCGAUGCGAGCCAGAGCUUUAAUGAUGCUGUGGCAGCAGGCAGUGAGAUCCGAGGCGAGAGGCUCGGGCACGCCACCGACCCUGCGGAUACCGUGCCUCGGCAGCUGGCCGGGCCUGGGAUGAGCGCCGUGCUUGGGCUGGGUGGAGGGGGGAGAGGAGGGGGUUGUGGAGGGAGGAAGGGGAGGCUUGGUAGGAGGGCGGGAAAGGGCGUGGGAAUGAAAGGAAAGGGGUUGAUAGCAGGGGGACACUGCUACCUGCUGGGACUGACUUGUGCCAAGGAACCUCACGGCAGUGGUGCAGAUAGCAGGGGGGCAUUGCAACUUACUGCAAGUGUGCCCCGUGAUAGGUCGGUCUGGUCCAUAGGUUGUGGUCUGGGCGGCAAGCUGGGCCACGGCACAAAGUCUGUCUGGUCUAUUGGCUGUGGUCUGGGCGGCAAGCUAGGCCACGGCACAAAGUACGACGAGCGCCGCCCGAAAGAAAUCGCGCACUUCAAAACCCUAGAGUUCGCCCCCACAGCCGUUGCUGCGGGCGCGUGGCAUGCUGCUGCUGUUGCUGCUGACGGGAGAGUUGCCACGUGGGGGUGGGGCAGGCACGGGUACGCAGCUGCCAGCAGGGAUGAAUCGCACGGCUCACGUGGCAAGCUCCGUCCAGCUGUGAAAGCAUGCCACGUGGCAGCAGGGGAUUACACGACGUUUGUGGUGGGGGAGGGCGGCGAGGUGUGGUCGUUUGGGAGCGCGGAGAGCGCGUGUUUGGGGCAUGGGGGCGGGUGGGAGAGGGAGGAAGAGGAGGAAGGCGAAGAGAUCGAUGAUGCUGAUCUGCACGAUAUCGUGGUGAGUAGUGUGGUGGGUGUAGGGUCAUGGGUCAUGGGUCAUGGGUCAUGGGUCAUGGCAGAAGGAGAGUACGAAGAAGACGAGGAGGUGGACGAUGCGGAUCUGCAUGACAUCGUGGUGGCUGCUGCAGCACCGGAGGCGCAACCGGGAUGUGAUGCAGCCCAGGCGGAUGUCUCUGAGCUGCUCAUUCCCCUGCUUCUCUUACCCCUCCUGCAUUCCCUCUCCCUUCCACUGCCCACUUCCCCCACCUUUCCCCAGCUGCGGCAGCACCGGAGGCGCAACCGGGAUGUGAUGCAGCCCAGGCGGGUGUCUCUGCUGGAGGAGCGAGCUACCCGCUUCUCUUACCCCUCUUGCUCUUCCCUCUCCCUUACACUGCCCACUCCCCCCACAUUCUCCCAGCUGCGGCAGCACCGGAGGCGCAACCGGGAUGUGAUGCAACCCCGGCGGGCGGGGGACCUGGCAGUGCAAGGGCGGGUGUGA